AUGGCCGUCAUCAAUGGAUAUAACUACGGUACAGCCAACGUUACUCGUAUAAUAGUAAUAAUUAUUGCUGUACACGUGUAUUUCGUGCCGCCGACCUCUUGCUGGGUGCCGAAGGCCGUUGACGUUUACCGCAGCGAAGAAGAUAAAAAUACGUUUAAUUGGAUGGACGACGAAGACGAUGAAGACGACGAGAUAGACGACCUAUCACCAGUGCAAACUGACGACGUCAUUUCAGCUGAAAAAAUGACUGCAUUUUUCGAUAAGUUAAAUUCACUGCGCCAGCGACGCCGCGAAAACCGUCCGAAAUCGGCAGACAAUUCCUUGCAGCAGCCGUUCAGGGUCGAUCACGAUGUACCGGUUGGAAUCAAAUCCUUAGACGAGGCUUCGGCGGCGGCGGCGGACUACACGGCGAUAGAGGUUGGAAAUCGUGGCGUUUUCGAGAUACGGGAUAGAUCGGCGACUUCAAUGGGUACGAGUGGCGAAGAAGCGAUUGAAGUGGUGACGAUUAACAAUUACAAUUAUGAGGCACGGACGACAAAAACGAUCGAGGACGGUCGCUUGAUAGAUGCAGGUAGAUCCCGGGUCCUGCAAGCGGCUGCAGCCGUCGGAUAUUUGCACAUGGGUUGGCGAAGCGCUCAAUGCCUGUGGCGCCAGUAUCGUAAAGCUGUCACUGAACAGGAAACGUUAGCUGUCCGCGAGCGGUUCAAUGGUUUUGUCCGGUUCUGGACGUUAGCUAUCGCCAUCUCGGUGGUUGCCCUGUGGUCCACAUUCGGAUACUUCCACGAGCUGCUCUGUGUUUGCGUCGCUGCUCCACCAGCUGAAUAUGCCAAAGAAGUGAACAGGUACCUGAUGAUGGUACCCCCACACGUAGUAGUGACGAACAAAGGCAAAAUGUUUCGGUACCAACCGACGGCCGAAGAACGUUUCCUAUGGGAAAGCGCGAAAAGAAUCGCAAAUUUCAAAAUAUAAAUAUUAACUUUAUAGGUACGAUCAUUAUAUAGUUGCUAAUCGCAUAAUAUUUUUUUGUAUAAUCGUAAAAUGUAUACAUCAUCAAUAAAGCUAUAUUCAAAUAGAAUUAAUAGAUAAAUAAAAUAAUUUAAUUUUUAACCAUUUUAUGCAUUUAUCUCACCUACCCUAACCUAGCAUUAUAACUUAUAAAUAGCAAGGCCGUAACCCAAGGGGAGAGGGGAGGGGGUGUAAACGGGACUGGAUCUU